AACAUACGUAGAGGAAUUGUGUAUCAAUAACGGCGUCGAACCAAAAUUUCGCUGCUCCUCAUUAUGUCGACAUAAAAACAAGCUUCAUUCUUGAAAACCACUGAGUUUUCACAUUCCUUAGCUCGCAGGUCGAAGCUUUUAAUUCUAGAUUCCAAUCACGGACAGUGAGAGGAUACGUGGCGUGUUACCUGAGAAGCUGAUCGGAGUUUUAUAGAGCCGGCAAUAGUCAUCUCAAACAAUUAACAAAAUGAGGAUCAAUGUCAGUUCUGUCGCUAGAAAAGUCGAGGUCGAUAAUCGAAUUCCUCUACGAUAUUACUACCGAAUCGCUGAUAAUCUCCUUAAACAGGCUAGUAUUUAUCGGGAGGAGAAGAAUAUUGUAGAUUUGUAUAUAAUACUGCUAAGAUAUUCAAGUUUGGUGUCCGAAACAAUACCAUUUCAUAGGGACUACCAGGCACUACUUGUGAAAGAAAGAGCUACAUACCGAAAGAGAUUGAUUGCUGUGCUAGACGAGCUUGAGUCUUUGAAGCCGGAAUUUCUGCAUCGAGUGGAUGAACUUAAUAGAGCCCAUGGAAGAGCUCAACUGGUUGACCUUGAUAGCAGAGACAUGACUUCAUAUGGUGCAGAAACGUCUUCUUUGGAAUGGCCUGUUGUUGAUAAAAAAUGUCAUCUGAGCAUGGAUACAAAGCAGCUGCACCCUUCCAGCAUGGCAAUUCAGUCAUCAUGGAGGAAUAAUAAUGACCGUAACCAAGUUUUAUCUUCGAGUUCUGUGCAACUUGACAAGGAGUUUCAGAGACUAUCUGUUAGCCUGCCUCGUCCAAGCAAAGAAACUUUGUCUAGACACUCAUUCUUAGGUCCAAGUGGUCUUCGAGGCCAAUUGCUUGUUCCUAGUGCAGAGAUAAAGGUUCAAUACCCAAGCAGCACUGACCUUACCCCAAUUGAACAUACAAGCCUGAAUCAGGCUGGCCAUUAUGAUGUGGUUCCAUUAAAAAGAGGUGAACCUGGAGGGGCUGUAUCUACGAUGGAGUCAGUUCUUUCCUUAGAUGAUGGUAACUGGCCAAAACAUGCUGUGGAUUCGUGUCCUCCAAUUGUUAAUGAAGCAAGAGAAGAUCCUUUCCAGUUUGUUGGCAUCAAGCAACCUCCUCCUCCUCCUGUUCUUGCUCAAGUGCAGCAAGAAUUUGCUCCAAUUUCUCCAUCUAAAGUUGCUGAUCCAAGACCUGGUCCAGCGAAGCCUUCUCAGGAUGGAACACUCAGCUCUAGUUCAUAUCAACAUUUACAUGUUGUAGGUUUCUCUGUGCUGAUAUAUAUGUUCUUGUGGCAGUUCUUUUUGCCAGUAAACUUGAUGCAAGAUUUCUUGAGAUUGGCCCAGGCAAAUACUAAGAAAAAUCUAGAAACCUGUGGCAUUCUUGCUGGUUCCCUGAAAAACAGGGUUUUCCAUAUAACUACACUCAUUAUCCCAAAACAGGAGUCAACAUCUGAUUCGUGUCAGACAUUGAAUGAAGAACAAAUUUUUGAAGUUCAAGACAGACUAUCUCUUUUCCCUCUUGGUUGGAUUCAUACACACCCAACACAGACCUGUUUCAUGUCAUCAGUAGAUCUUCACACUCAUUACUCAUAUCAAAUUAUGUUGCCUGAAGCUGUCGCUAUUGUUAUGGCCCCAACUGAUACAUCAAGUCCACAUGGCAUAUUUCAUCUCUCUGAUCCGGGUGGUGUGUCUGUGAUACGCAACUGCCAGCAGCGGGGUUUUCAUCCCCAUGAAGAGCCCUCUGAUGGAACCGCUAUCUAUGAGCACUGUUCUCAUGUCUUCAUGAAUGCUAAUCUAAGAUUUGAUGUUGUUGAUCUUCGGUAAGCUUGCAAUCAGUGACAUAAGGCGGGUAUUUAAGUAAAUAUGUUAAACAAAAGGGAGUAUGUAAACAGAAAAUCUUUUCUUUGUUUUUUUCUGCCUUUGUGACCUAUGUGAUGUUGUAAAUUCAACUCUCUCUGAGUAGACAUUUGAUAGAAAGAGCUGAAAAUUUUUCAACCAUAAAAUUUAGACAAUCCUUGCACCAUUCAAAAUGUACUGUAAUUGUAAUUGCUUAACUAAAGACACAAAUUAAGUGUGAUUGACGGGAUAAUUAUCAGCAGCUACAUUAUUGAUUAUGUUAUAUGGAAGUUUAUUUCUCUCUC